CACUGGGGGCGGCGCACUGCGCAUGCGGGAAGAUGGCGGGCACCGCGUCCUGAGAGUCGUGGGUCAGCCCGCUCUCCGCCCGCCUGCGUUAUACCUUCCGGGCCCGCGGGGCAGCGGCGCGUGUGUCCGCGGUCCGGCCUAGCCAGGUGCACCGGCGGGCAGGCCGCGAGCCCGGUUCGUGCUCGGCUCCGAGACCCGGCGUGUCGAGAGCGGCAUCCGACCCGAGCAGGAGAAGGCGGGAGAGCUCCGGGGGUGCGAGGGCCAGGGGCGGCCGGCUGGGCAGCAUGAGUCAGCAGCGGCCAGCGCGGAAACUGCCCAGCCUGCUCGUGGACCCGGCAGAGGAGACGGUGCGUCGCCGGUGCCGAGACCCCAUCAACGUGGAGAGCCUGCUGCCAUCAAAAAUAAGGAUUAAUUUAGAAGAAAAUGUACAAUAUGUGUCCAUGAGAAAAGCUCUAAAAGUGAAGACACCGCGUUUCGAUGUAUCAUUGGUUUAUUUAACGCGAAAAUUUAUGGAUCUUGUCAGAAAUGCUCCUGGGGGUAUUCUUGACUUAAACAAGGUUGCAACGAAACUGGGAGUACGAAAACGCAGAGUGUACGACAUCACCAACGUCCUGGACGGAAUCCGGCUGGUCGAAAAGAAAUCCAAGAACCAUAUUCGAUGGAUAGGAUCCGAUCUCAACAAUUUUGGAGCCAUGCCCCAACAGAAGAAGCUGCAGGAGGAACUUUCCAACUUAUCGGCGAUGGAAGAUGCUCUGGAUGAGUUAAUUAAGGAUUGUGCUCAGCAGUUAUUUGAUUUAACAGAUGACAAAGAAAAUGAAAGACUGGCAUAUGUGACAUAUCAAGAUAUUCAUAGCAUUCAGGCCUUCCAUGAACAGAUUGUUAUUGCAGUUAAAGCUCCAGCUGAAACCAGAUUGGAUGUUCCAGCCCCCAGAGAAGACUCUAUCGCGGUGCAUAUACGGAGCACCAAAGGGCCCAUCGAUGUUUAUUUGUGUGAAGUGGAACAGGACCACUCCAGUAACAAAGUGUCUGAAGGUGUAGGGACCUCUUCAUCUAAAAACAAACGCCCCGAUAAAGGAGAAAAUCCUCCACAACAAAGUGAAGAAUUGCUUGAAGUGAGCAACUGAUAGGCUUUGAGAAUUCGUAUUUGCAGAAUUUGAGAAUUAAGUGUUUGGGGAACGUCCUGGAUGGAAGAAUUAUGCAUCGAGUUUGAUCCGCAGAGCAGUCAGCCAGCCGUGAAGCCCUCACGUUCUCAGUAGCAGUGUAAAGGCCAGUAGUAUUUUUGAGUAGUUCACUACCUAGGUCACUGGAUAAUUAUGGUUUCUACAUUCAAAAAACAACUCUUUUUAUAAUUGUUCACUGCUUUUUGUCAGUGAAAUGGACAUCCAACCCACCGAAAUAACUCCAUCACGAAGCGUAUUGCUAAAACCAACUGACGGUCAGGCCUGCGAUGGACAGUUCUCCGUGGACUCUGCCCCCUCCUUCAAAGAUCAUGUGACGUUACCAGAAAAGAAAUUGCCUUACGCAGGUUCGUGUCUGCAGUUUGCUGUCGUGCAGUGGACGGGUGCUCACGCACCUGCACGUGGUGUCUGUAACUAUCUGUAUAAUGUUUAGAUUACUUAUGAAAUAUGUCCGAGUGAAACUCUUCACCGUUGUACAGCCAAAUAAUGUAUAUAUGGAAAGUAACAAAUUCUCUAAUUCCUGUGGUAUCUAUAACUUAUUAGAAUCCUCUGAAUGAGGGUUAGAGAGUUUUUUCCCAAACUUCUACAUGUAGAAGUAUCUUAAAUAUGCUGUACAUUUAAAGUUCAUGGUUUUCAUUGGAGAAUUUCAGUGCGGCUCCCUGCAGCCGUUGUGUGUGAGCAGACCGCUGGCACGGAGGAGCAGGUGUGGGGAUGCUGUCAGCUAGUGGCUCGAUGGAUUGCGAGACAUGAAUUCAAUCAUGGUGAAAAUUGGAAACUUUUAAUUAACCUUCUUGCCAGCGGAUUUCGUAAUACAUGUCUGUGUGUAGCUUUGCUCUUCAGUCAGAGGAGUUGACCUGUGAGGAGUUAGUUGUCCCCCGCCCUCUCUCCCGCUCGCAUUCCCCUGUUUUCAUGUAUCUGGCUAAUUCUACCUCACUGGGUAAGUCAUUUACCACUCUGUGCCUCAGUUUACUCAGUAUUUACCAUUAGACUGUGAGCUCCUUGAGGGACUGUGUCUUAGUCGUUGUACGCAGCGCCUUGCCCCGCGGUUGGCACAUAAACAGUGCUCAGUAGAUGUUUGAGUGAAUUGUAAAAUUAGGCUAAUAACGCUUGGCUCGUCUACCAUACAGCAUUCUUGUGAGCAUCAUUCAGAUUUAUAUAUUAAACAUCUCUUGCAACUCAAAAUUAAGACCGUGUAUAAAAAGAUUUAAAGUGAUUGAAAUGUUAAAAAAUAACACUAAGUAUUUAGGGUUCACAUAUCUCUCAGCUCCGGUGGCUUUUGCCAGUCCCGACCCUCUGCGGAACCCCGGCCGCCUCCCUGCCAGCGGUCACUGCCGGCUUUCUCUCUAGGCCCCGGGGCUGCUAGGGGUCCCCCUUGUCUGGGACGUGCGGAAUGAAAGUGAGAUUUUAGGCGAGAGUUGUAUGUUCAGGUCGUGUGCUCAGCAGGACGCUCUGGGCUGUGCACAGUAGCAUUGGCGGGUGUCAGUUCGUACGUGAUGGCCGAAACCACGAGGCUAGAUGAGGCCAUCUAAUGAGGAGAGGCCCUCGAGCAUCUCUUUACAGGGACUGAGGGGAGGAAAAGCCUUUCCCGAGGAGGAACGAGGGUGGCUCUGUA